UAACACAUGACAUAUCGGAUGACAGAACGACGGUGAGCUGCACCUGCUCGCGCGCGUCACACUGUUACAGCACGCGCCGCUCGAGCUCACAGUUCUAACGCCUGCGGUGUAGUGAUAGAGCUUUUACACUGUAAUCCAACCAGCAAUAGAGAUGACGUCCCAGAAACAUAAACAGGGACUAGCUGAAAUCAAAGCAUUGGAGAAUAUUCUGGACGGAUGCAAAUGUGACCUGUCCACUGUCGAUGAAGUCUGGCCGAACUUGUACAUCGGGAAUGUGGCAAUCGCUCAAAACAAAAGUGCUUUAAGGAAGAUGGGCAUCACCCACAUCCUGAACGCGGCUCAUGCCAAACAGGGCAGCAUAGGAGAUGAGAGUUACUACGGUACUGAGUUUGUAUAUCACGGUAUACCAGCAGAAGACUCGGGAAGGUUUGACAUCAGCGUGCACUUCCGGUCAGCAUCUGACUUUAUACACAAAGCUCUCAAGAAGAAAAACGGAAAAGUGCUUGUGCAUUGCAUUAUGGGGGUGAGUCGCUCAUCUACUUUAGUCCUGUCCUACUUAAUGUUACGUCAGCAUCUAUCUCUCCAUGCUGCCGUCCAACAAGUCAUCCAAAGGAGACCGAUUUAUCCUAACAGGAACUUUCUGGGUCUCCUACUUGAGCUCGACACACAACUACAGAGAAAAAGAAUGAUGUGUCCAAUUCUCUGACCGCCCAUCACUGUCAGAUAGUGUGUUUGUUUUUUCAAUAGUUCUUUAGUAAAAACAAUAUCACCUACUUUGUGUAAAAAUGGGAUGAUUACAUUUAAAAACUUCUAAAUGUGUAUAUGCACACAUACUUCUACAGUAUGUAUAUAUGCAUACUUGCAUACGUUUUAUAUGUAUUUCCCAUGUCCUUGAUUUUCAUAUUUCAUUAUGGAAGAAAAUAUUCCUGUAAGUAAUAAGAAGGUAACAAAUACACGUGGAUAUAAGAAAGAAUCUGGAUAUUUCACUAUACGCCAAUGUACAGAUUUUACCACUUCCAGAAGACUAUCAGGCCUUAUUCUUAACGGCAGUUCCAUUUCUAGCAGAACAGAUAUAAUGGAGUAAUGACCUGUGUGUCCUUGUAAUACUUGGAUCACAAGCCUCUCUGCCUCCUAAUCCUUAAACCCGCUAAGAGAAAAAAUGUCAAAAGAAGGGUGCUUUCAGGCUGGCUGGCAAUACUCUGGGAUGUUAUGACUACAGCUCCCAUGUUAAAGCACUAAACUGUGGAAGGAAGUCUGCUUCCUGGUGAGGACAUGUUUGAAGUAUCUUUAGUUACUGCUUUUAUCUUGGGCUGAGAUGGAUUCAGAGUCUGCUCUGGGAAUACUGGAAAGGAGACAGGAAAUCACCCAGGAUAGGAGGCCAGUCCACUACAGAGCCUACACACACACACAUUCACAAGUAGGGGAAAUUUAGAAACAGCAACUCACCUGUCAGUGUGGUUUUGGUAGAAACCCAGAAGAAGCACACAUGGAUGCAAGAGAACAUGAAUAGAAACUGUAAUCCAAGCUAAGGAUCAAACUUAGGAGCUUGGAGCUGUGAGGAGGAGAUAAAUUGCCACCUUGCUGUCUUUAAUCAAGCAGCUAGAAUUUAUUCAAUCAUACAAAAGACUCUAACUUAUUAGAGACAUGCUGUGGUGAAGGAGUAUGAGAAAAUAAAGCUAUUAUAUAGGUUAUAUUUCAUUGCACAUUGUUAAGGACUUAUACAUUGUGGUUGUAUAAUUAUCCUCUAUUUAUUUGUCAUUACUCAUAUUAGGGAUUCAGAAUAAAGCAGCAGUACUCAGUCUUUCUCCAGGCUUUCAUUUGAGCCAAAUAAAUUCCUCAAAGUAGUAAUUUGUGGACCAAGAUCAAGAUUAGGCAGGUAGAAUGUUUGUGGUUAGUUGGAGCCACACUGAAGAUCCCUGUUCUUGAGACUUGCGUAAGAAAUACACAUUGUUGAGGGAAAAAAACAUUAUCAUCCAUUAUCGUUGUAAUUUAUUUUAAUCCUGAAACUAAUUUGCAAUGUUUUUAUUUGUACUUCAAGGCAAUUAAAUUCAUUCUUUAAAUAAUGUGUUUAACCAAUAAUUGAUGACAGACCAUUGAAUCUGUGUCAGUUAACAGUUGCAAAAAUGUUUGUGAACCCAUUUGUAAGAUCAGUAUUUUGUACUGAUAUGUGACAGAUAGUGAUGGAGGGAUGAAUGAAAUUUUGAUUAAUGCUUUUAAAGAGUUACAGUAGUUGAUUUGAAUAAAGUAACAUAUUUCUCUCUGCUCUCUUUCAAAAGGAGUCACAUUUCUACUGUUGUACAAACCAAGGGACAAAAGGUUGCUUACACAAUCUGAGACUGAAAUAUCGUUUGUAAAAUAAAGCAAUUCUGUAAGGAAUAUGAUUCAGAUGGCUUUGUUGUUAUGAUUAAGCAUGAGAUUAUUCACAUCCCUGUUUUCCUGACUGUAAUGUAAUAUUUUCUUUCAUAAUGGAAGCACAUUAAUAGGCUAUUAGAGUCAACAUCAAGGUGGAAGAUAAACUGUAAUAUAUUUAACACAGGCACUCAUAUCCUGUUGGAUUCAUGCUGUUUGCGAAAUGAUCCUUGUAAGAAACAGUGGCCUCAAACAGGCUUGAUAAUGAAAUUAGUUCUUCCUGUUGGAGACAGUGACUCCAUUCUGGAGUCCAUCACCAGGCCUGCAGUAAUCCUCAGGAGAAAUAUGUCUCCUAAUGGGCUUUUAUAAUCUGUUCCCCUGAGGACUCUAAUCCACAGGCGGCUGUCACAAUACGAAGCAGAAAUGAACACUCAGUUAAGUGGGAUUUUCAGCACCAUGAAGUACUUACAGUGGAGUAGUUGUGAGUUUAAAUGCCAGAGAGAUUCGGCUUUCUGGUUUUUGUGCAAUAUAAUAUCCAAUGAUGCAAUGUAUUUAUUUUUAGUUUCUUUAUCAUUAACGUUUUGGAUAUCUCAUUAAAUAUUCUCUCUGAAGAUGCUGUUUGGUGCAAAUGUGUGUUAGUAAAUGCAGUUUUCAGCUUUUCAGUUACAAAUCAUUUAUCCAUAAUGAGUAAAAUAUAUCUUGGCAUC